AUGUUGAAGAUAGAGGCUCUUCUAAGGCUCUUCACCGUGGGACUCUUAGUUCUAACAGCUUGCCUAGUCGGAACUGAUAAACAAACUAAGACUGUCUUCUUCUCCGUUGAGAGGAAGGCCACUGUCAAGGACUUGGACGCUCUCGUGAUAUUGAUGAUCGUGGAAACUGUUGUUGCUUUCUAUCAUCUUCUUCAACUUGGAAAAUGCUUCUUCUUUCCUCGGUUCAAGGAAAACAAAGCUCUGCCUUAUUCAACCCAGGCAUGGGUUUUUUUCUUCUUAGACCAGACGGUGACCUACAUUUACUUUGGAGCAACCAUAGCUGCAGCUCAGGCCUCAGCAUUAUCAGUAACUGGAGCAAGUGAUUUCCAAUGGAUGAAGGUGUGCAACAUAUACACUAGGUUCUGCAUUCAGAUCGGAGGGUCUCUUUUCUGUGGCCUCGUCGCAGCGCUCCUGAUGAGCAUUGUUUCGUCGAUUUCAGCCUUCAAUUUGUUUAGACACUACUCCCCGAAACAAUUCUUCGCCCUCAAAGGCUGA